AUGAGUAUUUUUCUUGCCUUUCUUUUCAUUUCCACAACCCUCAACAUUAGCUUCUGCGGAGGAAGCUCUUACCGGGGUUGCAUUGAAAGUGAGAGACAAGCUCUUUUAAGGUUCAAGAAAGAUCUGAUAGAUCAUUCCAACCGGCUUGCCUCUUGGACUUCUGGUCAUGGAGAUUGCUGUACAUGGUCUGGCAUUUUCUGUGACAACCAGACAGGCCAUGUCCUUGAGCUCAACCUUAGUACUCCUGAGUUCAAUUUUAAUUCUUUUGAUGAAGCUGAAUCAUACUAUAGGUCAAGGCUGGGUGGUAAGGUAAAUCCCUCUUUGCUUGAUUUAAAGCAUUUGCGCUCGUUGGACUUGAGCAAUAACAAUCUUUCUGGAAUUCAGAUUCCUAAAUUUCUUUGUUAUAUGCACAAUUUAAGAUACCUUGAUCUUUCUGAAAAUUCUUUCCAAGGUAUAAUUCCUCACCAGCUUGGGAACCUCUCUAAUCUGCAACAUCUUGCCCUCGAUGGCUGUAUAGGUAUAAUUCCUCACCAGCUUGGGAACCUCUCUAAUCUGCAGCAUCUUGCCCUUCGUGGCAGUUUAGAUGUUGACAAUUUAGGGUGGUUAUCUAGUCUUUCUUUGUUGAAACACCUUGACUUGAGUUAUGUGGAUCUCAGUAAAUCCUCUGAUUGGCUGCACGUGAUCAAUACACUCCCUUCUCUGGUAGUGUUAAACUUGCGGCGUUGUGGAAUCCAUCAUUUUCCUCAACUACCCAUUGUAAAUUUUUCGUUUCUUGAGACCCUUGAUCUGAGUGAUAAUAAUUUUGAAGGUCCAAUUCCUUAUGGCCUUCAAAAAUUGACUUCCCUUAGAUAUCUUGAUUUAUCUGAAAAUUAUUUCAAUUCUUCAAUACCCAAUUGGAUUUACAGACUUAGCCGUCUACAGGGACUUCCUCUUGAUAAUAAUUGGUUGAAAGGCACGUUAGGGAUUCUAGGAAAUCUGACAUCUAUAGAAGAGCUUGAUCUCUCAUUCAAUGGAUUUGAAGGUGGAAUCCCAAAAUCAAUGGGACGACUUUGCAACUUAAGGUCAAUCACUAUCUCAUACGUCAAUUUAAGCCAACCAAUAUCUGAUGUCUUUGAUAUUUUUUCUAGAUGUGUUUCAGACGUACUAGAGAUUUUGGAUUUAAGUGAAAGUCAAGUUUUUGGUCAAUUUACUGAUAGACUUGGACAAUUUAAAAAGUUAAAGAGUCUUAAUCUGUUUAAGAAUUCUAUUUCAGGUUCUAUUCCAUCCUCUUUAGGAGAACUAUCAUCGUUACAAGUUCUUGAUGUUAUCUAUAACAAAUUGAAUGGAACUGUUUCUGAGAUGCAUUUUUCCAAUCUGACAAGAUUAUUAAAAUUUAAUGCAAAUGAAAAUUCAUUAAUAUUCCAAGUCAAUCCUCAUUGGGUUCCUCCUUUUAAACUUACAAAUCUAGGAUUGAGAUCUUGUCAUUUAGGGCCUCAAUUUCCACUGUGGCUUCGUUCACAAAAGCAUUUACAAUAUCUUGACAUAUCCGAUUCAAGAAUUAAAGAUGCUAUUCCAACAUUUUUAUUCAAAAUUCCUUUCAAAUAUGUAAAUCUCUCUCACAACCAACUCUAUGGGCAGAUUCCAAAUUUAACAGAGUCAACUCAACUUGAAGUCCUUGACUUGAAUUCAAAUAAUUUAUCAGGUUCAAUGCCUCUUAUAUCCUUCCAAUUGCAUCUGCUUGAUCUUUCCAACAAUGUUUUGUCAGGACCAAUUUUCCAUUUCUUGUGUCAUAAGUUGAAUGAGUCAAAGAGCCUGGAGAUUCUCAUCCUUAAUAACAACUAUUUGUCAGAAGUUAUACCUGAUUGUUGGAUGAAUUUGAAAGUCUUAAGAGUCUUGAAUUUAGCUAACAAUAGAUUCACUGGCAAGCUUCCAGCUUCUAUUGGGAAUUUAAGUUCUCUUCAAUUAUUAAAGCUUCGCAAAAACAACUUUUCUGGAACAAUUCCCAUGUCACUCAAAAAUUGUACAGAUAUGGUGUCGCUUGAUUUGGGUGAAAAUGAGUUUGUUGGAAAUCUCAAGGCUUGGGUUGGAGAAAGAUUCUCAAAAAUGAAGAUUCUCAACCUUAGAUCAAAUAAGUUUUCUGGCCAUUUACCGAAAGAACUUUGUGAUCUCCGUUCUUUGCAAAUCUUAGACCUUGCAGAUAACAACUUCUUUGGAACCAUACCAAGAUGCAUCAAUAACUUUAGUGCCAUGAUGACAAAGAGCUCUAAUGAGGAAAGCGAUAUGAGUUAUGAAACUUUUGAGUCGACUUAUGUUUCAACAUAUCUGGAGGGUGAACUACUUGUGAACAAAGGUCACAUGGUUGAAUACAACACAAUUUUGAAGUUCGUGAGAGGUAUAGACCUUUCAAAAAAUAACUUCUUCGGACAGAUUCCUAUGGAAGUGACAAAUCUUUCAGAAUUACAGUCAUUAAACCUAUCACACAAUGGUUUUACUGGAAGAAUUCCGGAGAAAAUUGGUGCUAUGAGAUCUCUAGAGUCUAUCGAUUUCUCCAGAAAUCAACUUUCAGGUGAAAUCCCACAAAGCAUUUCAAGUUUGACAUUUUUGAGUAACUUGAACUUGUCCAACAACAACUUAACCGGAAGAAUUCCUUCAAGCACUCAAUUAAGUGGCUUUGAUGCAUCCUGUUUUACAGGAAACCAACUUUGUGGACCUCCACUUCCUAAUAAUUGCACUGUGACUAGUCCAACAAUCAACAAUCAGAACAGAGGAGAGAAAGAUGGUAAUGAAGAUGAAGUGAACUGGUUCUUUGUGAGCAUGGCACUUGGAUUUAUUGUGGGAUUCUGGAGUUUUAUAGGUUCUCUACUCGUCAGCCGAAGAUGGAGAUACUUGUAUUGCCAAUUCUUGAACAAUCUCCAAGACAAACUGGGCAGUGUUGUAAGAAAAUGUUACUAG